GAUGCUGCCAAGCUCAAGUUGCUGCUACUGUACUCGGAGUACGAAUGCUACAUCGGGUACAAUACCUUACUCCUAGCUAACACGUUAUUUGAGGCAUGGCAGGUUGUCUUAUAAGAUCCAUUCCCAUCCAUCAUCAUUCACUAUGCCCAUGCACAAUGGCUUUCUCCCCCGCGAGGGCUUCAAGGCCGAUGCGGUGUUCAAGAUAAUCCGCCAGACUGCGCUCAACCCGAACCUGACGCUCCCGCUGCUGCUGGUGGCCAAAUACACCAAGAAAGGCCAGGACUGGGCCAUUCUCCACCCAACGGCCUACAAGCGUCUCAAGACACUGCUCGUGCUGGGCCUUCUCAGGUGGGCCAACAGCUACCUCUCCCGGCGCGUCCUAAACAAUUGGGUCCAGGAUAAGUACGACUGGUCCAAGGAGAUUGUGCUCAUCACGGGCGGCUCCGGCGGCAUUGGCGGCAAGGUUGUGCAGCUGCUGGCAGAAAGGGGAAUCAAAGUCGUCGUGCUCGACAUCCAGCCAUUGACCUACCCAACCAGCAGCAACGUCUACUACUUCCACUGCGACGUCACAUGCCCAAAUCGCAUCGCCCAAGCCGCGCGCGAAAUCCGCGCCGUCGUAGGCGGCGACCCAACCAUCCUCAUCAACAACGCAGGGGUCGUGCGCGGCAAAACCAUCCUCGACGCGAGCGAGCGCGACGUACGCUUUACCUUUGACGUCAACACGCUCGCGCACUACUGGACGGUGAAAGAAUUCCUCCCGGCCAUGGUGCAAGCCAACCACGGCAUGGUGGUGACGGUGGCGUCGGCCGCGGCGUGGGUGACGGUGCCCAACAUGGUGGACUACGCGGCGUCGAAAGCCGCGGCGCUGGCUUUUCAUGAGGGACUUGCCGCGGAGCUCAAGACAAGGUACAACGCGCCCCGCGUGCGGACGGUGGUUGUUAACCAGGGGUACACCACCACGCCGCUGUUUAGGGGGUACCGGAAUGAUAGUCCGUUUUUGGUGCCCACGCUCGAGCCGGAUACGGUUGCUGAGGCGGUUGUCAGGCAGGUUCUGAGCGGGGAGAGUGGUCAGGUUGUUCUGCCGGAGUUUGUUAAUGCUACGGCGUUGCUGGCUGCGAUGCCGCAUUGGUAUCAGCAUAGUCUGCGCACUAGAGGGGAGGUCAUCAUGCGGGAGUUUGAUGGGAGGCAUGUGGUGGAGGAUGUGGAUAGGUUCUAUGAGGAGAGGGAGAAUGCGGAGGCGGAUCAGGAUCAGGAUCAGGAUCAAGAGGCGAGCGCGGUGCUGGUGCAGGAGUGACCUAUGUACUACGGUAAUCGGCGUGAGAGCUCAGGAGGAGGCAGAGUUGUCGGGGUGUGGUUCGGAGAGUUUGUGGUUCUGCUUCUUUCUCUUGUUACAUGUAAGAGUAUCUGGUGGUUUGACUGCCAGUGUGUAACGAACUGAAUCUGAUUGUUUGUUUCGGAAAGCGCCUUGUACGACAAGUUCUAGUUCCGGCUGGACGGUUCCUGGAGAGUUUCAGGUUGCUCAGGAUGCAGGUAUACAAGUACUUGUACUAGUGCUAGGAGAUUGCAUCGCCGAAGUGUAGGUACUAUGUUGAUUCUUCGCUAUCAUCUUCAGUACUUGCGCUGAGGGGAAUGAAUAUCUGAAGAAUCUAGGGAAACCUGAGAGUUGUAAUAGAUUCCAGACGCCAUCGAGACU